AUGAAGCAUUUCUUCCUCCUCUUCCUCCUCGGGCUCAUCACCAGCUCCUUGCAGAUCGAAGACAACAAGAUCCCCGGGCUGUGCUCGGGGCAGCCAGGCAUCCCGGGGACCCCAGGCCUGCACGGGGGGCAGGGUCUGCCAGGGAGAGAUGGACGAGAUGGCCGGGAUGGGGCCAUGGGGAUGCCAGGGGAGAAGGGCGAGAUGGGCCCUCCCGGACCCCCCGGCCCCCGCGGGGAGGUGGGCAGCCCUGGCCUGGACGGUGCCCACGGCGAGAAGGGCGCUCAGGGGGAAUGUGCCGUCCCCCCCCGCUCCGCCUUCAGCGCCAAGCGCCCCGAGUCCCGCUUCACCUGCGAAGUUCCCGGCCUCUAUUACUUCGCCGUCCACGCAACCGUCUACCGCGCCAGCCUCCAGUUCGACGUGGUGAAGAACGGCCAGACCGUCGCCUCCUUCUUCCAGUACUACGGGAACUGGCCCAAACCCACCUCGCUCUCCGGGGGUGCCCUGGUCCGCCUGGAGCCCGAGGACGAGGUGUGGGUGCAGGUGGGAGUCGGGGACUACAUCGGCUUCUACGCCAGCGUCAAGACCGACAGCACCUUCACUGGGUUCCUGGUCUAUUCCUACUGGCACAGCUCGGCAGUUUUUGCCUGA